AUGGUAACCGUAGGAAUCAAUGGUUUUGGCCGGAUAGGAAGGAAUUGUUUAAAAAUUUGCUUGGAAAAGAACAUUGAGGUGAAACACAUCAACGACCCCUUCAUCCAGACGGAUUACAUGAUCUACCUUUUCAAGUACGACUCGACACACGGGGUGAACAAGCUGCCUAUUCGUUGCGAGGACAACUCGAUAGUCAUUAAUGACAAGGGAACCAUCACAACGUCGUGCGAGAAGGACCCGACCAAAAUAAAGUGGGAGGACGCCGGCGUGAGAUUCGUGAUCGAGGCGACCGGGAUUUUCAAGGAACUCGAGAAAGCCCAGAUGCAUCGAAAGGCCGGGGCCGAGUUUGUGGUCAUCACCGCUCCAUCGAACGACGUGCCGACCUUCAUCUACGGUGUGAACCAUCACAAGUACGAUCGUCACCGACACGGCCAUUGCAUAUCCGCCUCCUCGGACACGGCAAACUGCGCGGCUCCGCUGGUCGCAGUGAUGCACCAGAACUUUGGCGUCGAGGAGGCCAUGAUCACGGCCAUCCACGCCGUCACGGCUGACCAGAGGAUCGUCGAUGGGCCGACCGUCAAGCUGUGGAGAUCCGGAAGGAGUGCGUUGCAGAACAUCAUUCCCUCUCCCACGGGCACUGCCAAGUGCAUCGGCAAAGUCAUUCCUGAGCUCAAGAAUAAGGUCCAGGCGAUCUCGUUUCGCGUUCCCGUCGCCAACGUCUCGGUCUGCGAUAUCACCUUCAGGGUGACUCAGCCGACGACGUACGAGCAGGUGAAGCGAGUGAUGCGCACAGCGGCCACCGGGGAGCUCAAGGGCGUCCUUAAUUAUACGGAAGACGACUGUGUCUCGACCGAUUUCAAUUGCACGCCCUACUCGUGCACUUUCGAUGCGAAAGCUGCGAUUCCGCUCACCAGUACUUUCGUCAAAGUUGUCGCCUGGUACGAUAACGAGUACGGCUAUGCUAAUCGAGUCAUUGAUCUUAUCUUGCACAUGAGUAGCGUUGAUUCUGGAAGCGUUUAUUCGUACAAAGAAAUUGACGAGCUGAUAAAGGAAGAAUCGCUUUGAAGAAAGGU